GAUAAGCCAAACCGUCGCAAUAGUAGGAAUCGUAUUUCCAACAGCGCAAUAAUGAAGUGGGAUGGUGGCAGCCGGUGGCUCUGUUGUGUCUUUGUCUUGCCCUGGUUACUGUCGUUAACCGAAGACUAAUUUAUUACGAGAGAAACAUGCGUCGUGAGAGGAGAGCUGUGUGAUCGUGCAAGCGUUGAUGUAUUAAUAUUCGUGUAUUUCCUUGAAGGAGGAGCGGGAUACAUGACAGACACACAAUCCCUUCAGGACUUGUGAAGACAAAUCAGGAACCAGACGCGGUUUAUGAGGAGAAAUUUUGUUCUGCUCUUCCUGCUGACUUGUGUUCUAAAGCUUUACACAUCACUUCAUCACAAUGAUCACUGUAUGAAGAUAUUUGCGGCUAUGGCCAGUGAACCACUCGAAGGUUUCCAUGAGGUGAACCUGGCGUCACCCACCACCCCAGAUCUUCAUGGCAUUGUAGACCCGAGCCCACCAAAACACAAUGCUCCCCCCAGCACACUGUACCGCACACACUCUUUGACUUCUAGCCAGAAUGCACCUAAUGCUUUCAGAGCUGACCAGCUGCCCACCCAGCCCGUGUACUCGACCCCCCGUCAACUGGGCACAGAGGACUUCCUCAAUGGCGGUGGAAAUGAUCCUGCAGUGGAUGCAGUGGAUGGCAACGUCCAAUCAGCUGAUGGAGAAGAUGUUCUGGGCCUGAGCGCAGACAGUCUGUCCCGUCUCAGAAGUCCAUCAGUUAUGGAGGUCAGAGAGAAAGGCAACGAGAAGCUAAAGGAGGAGCUCACCAAAGCACAACGGGAGCUUAAGUUAAAAGACGAGGAGUGUGAGAGGCUUUCUAAAGUGAGAGACCAGCUGGGGCAGGAGCUGGAGGAACUCACUGCUAGCCUUUUUGAGGAGGCUCAUAAGAUGGUGCACGAAGCAAACCUGAAGCAAGCCACUGCUGAAAAACAACUGAAGGAGGCACUGGGAAAAAUUGAUGUUCUUCAGGCCGAAGUAGCUGCAUUGAAGACUCUGGUCCUGUCAACCUCUCCCACAUCCCCCUGCAAAGAAAUGCCCCCCGGACCCAAAGCCCCUUUUAAGAAAGGCCACACUCGAAACAAGAGCACGAGCAGUGCCAUGUUGGGCAGCCAGCAGGAGGUUGCAGUGACGCAACCCAUGGUACGUGAGUGUAAAGAGGUGGAUUCACUGCUCUUCAACGAGUUCAAAGUGUGGAAAGAGGAGCCAACCCUGGAGAGAAGCUGCUCCUUCCUCGAGCGCAUUUACAGAGAAGACAUCUACCCAUGUCUGACGUUUUCUAAGAGUGAGCUCGGAUCUGCGAUCCUGGAGGCGGUGGAACAGAACACACUGAGCGUGGAGCCGGUGGGAUUCCAGCCUUUGCCAGUGGUCAAAGCGUCUGCUGUUGAGUGUGGAGGACCCAACAGGAUGGCACAGACUCUCGUGAAAUGUGCCCUAUGUGGUCAAACCAAACCCUGCAAGCACAGAAUCAAGUUUGGCGACUCCAGCAACUAUUAUUAUGUAUCUCCGUUUUGCCGUUAUCGGAUCACGUCUGUCUGCAACUUCUUCACUUAUGUUCGUUACAUUCUCCAAGGACUAGUCAAACAACAAGAUGCAGAGCAGAUGUUCUGGGAGGUCAUGCAGCUACGGAAGGAGAUGUCCAACGCCAAGCUGGGGUACUACAAAGACGAACUGUGAAUAGAGCCAUCACUGUCAUGGGAAUGCCGUCAUCUUAACCCAAUGAAGUUUACCAGUUCUGUCAGAGUGGCUUCCCAGGGACCACCACACUU